AUGUCAUUCACAGCGGUUCGAGUAAGUGAAGUCGAGCUUCAACUUUCCGGGGAAUUCGCAAUCAGGUUCUGACGCGUGCUGUGCCCGAUGCAACGUUCGCCGGCUCAGCUGCCCAGGACGGCUACCUCAGCACCGAGAUGAUCCACCAGCAAAUCGAGGUCGUCAACUCCAUCUUCGCCGCCAGUGAACUGCCUAUGAACAUCAACCUUGCUCAAAUCACGUACACCAACAACCCGACUUGGUUCGAAUACGGCGGCGAUUUCGAUAGUGAGACCGAACGCGAGGUCAUCAAAAAUUUACGGGUCGGAGGCGCUGCGGAUAUCAACGUCUUCACCGUGCGCAGGCCUCGCGAUGGUCAGGCUCUCAUCAUGGGUCAGUGUAAUACCGCUGUUCCAACAGCAACGGUGUUGAGCUCUCUCUUCUGUCACGCACACGCCGCUCCCCCGGACGUCCUUUAGGAAAGAAUCCUGUUCACUGACCCAAGAAAUGACUCAUCAUUGGGCAGGAUACGGAACAAUGCCGCAAGAAGUCCAGGAUGCCCCUUUGCUGGACGCCAUCUUCCUCGCUUGCGAUACGUUGCCGGGAUUCAGCUCUGAAGGGGGUGAAGUUUUACAAGGAAAGGCUUUAGCGCAGUAAGCUCUCAGACCUUCCGAUCCGCAUCCUUUCACGUCUUCGAUGCCACAUUGACCUUGUGGCGCAUUCGCCUGUUCCAUCAGUGAGCUCGGACAUCACCUCCUCGGACUCCCACACACCUUCGAAGGCGGCUGUUCACUCAUAAACGACGGAAUCGCCGACACGCCGCCGCAAGGUUACCAAACGCAAGGGUGCACGUACAAUGCGGCCGCCCAGUGUCAAGCAGGCGUACCUUAUGUGGCUCGAGGCGACGAUCCUGAAGCGAAAUUGUGGUUCAAUUUGAUGGAUUACUCGAAUGAAUCGUGCCGAGGAGGUCUCACUCCAGGUCAAGUAGCUGCUGGACUUGAUAACUGGCACCGCUACCGCGCGCAGAACAUUUCGAUGAACAUUUCGAUCAAAAGUUGA